UCAGAGAGGGAGGGACAGAGCAGACAGCAGAGUUCAUGGAGGCCCCCUCAGCCCUUGCCCACAGAUGACUCAGCUUGUGGAAGGAGCUCCUUCUGGCUGUCUCACUGUUAACCUUCAGGAAUUCUCCCACCACUGCCCAACUCACCGUUGCCUCAAUCAAUGCUACAGAAGGGAAGGAUGUGCUUCUCCUUGUCCUCAAUCUUCCUCAAUCUUCCUGAGCCUUAUAGGCUAUGCCUGGUACAGAGGGAAAAGUGUGGACAGCAGCCGUGGAAUUGCAUCAUAUGUAAUAGAGACUCAAAAAUUUACCCCCAGGCCUGCACACAGUGGUCGAGAGACUAUAUACCUCAAUGGUUCCUUCUGUUCCAGAAGGUCACCCUGCAGGACACAGUAUACUACACCGUACAAGCCAUAAGCAAAGAUUUGCAGAUAGAAGAAGGAACUGGACAGCUCUAUGGCCCAGACGCCCCCUCCAUUUUUCCCUCGGACUCCCAUUACCCACAAGGAGCAAACCUCAGCCUCUCCUGUCAUGCAGCCUCUAACCCACCUGCACAGUAUUCUUGGCUUAUCAAUGGGAGACCCCAGCAAGCCACACAGGAGCUCUUUGUUGCCAACAUCACUGUGAGUGAUAAUGAAUCCUAUACCUGCCUCGCCCAUAACCCUGUCACUAGCCUCAGUAGGACCACAGUCAGGACUAUCACAGUGUCUGCCAGGAACACCGCCACCACAGAACAGAAGGACACCAUGGUGCUGACCUGCCUCACAAAUGACACCAGAAUCUCCAUCUGGUGGUUGUUCAGGGACCAGAGACUCCUGCUCACAGAAAGGACAAAGCUGUCCCGGGACAACAGCACCCUGAUCAUACAGCCUGUCAGGAGGGAGGAUGCUGGGAGCUAUCAGUGUGGGGUCUCCAGCCCCAUAAGCACCAGCAAAAGUGACCCCCUCAGGCUGGAUGUGCAAAGUAAGUGACCCUCGACCUCUCCCACCUGCUCCUCCAUACAUCUCACAGGCAGGGGAAUGAGGUGGAUUCAAGCCUUGAGGAAUGGGGAGCCCAGUGAGAGUCUGCAGAGCAACAGGGGAAGCCCCAGAAUGACACUAGUCUCGUCCGAGUCUCAGUUCCAUGUGCACAAGCUGGCUGACCUCAAGCUGCUGCUCACCCAACUGAACCUCGAUUUUCUCACUGUAAACUGGAAUA